AUGAGCGGUUCACAGCCCCCUCAACACGUUAAAAAGCUAGAAAAAAUGACGGAAACUGCAAGUCACAACAGCAUUGCUCUGUCUUGUAUCGUUGUCAUCCUGUUUAUGAUUGGUCAAUGGCUGCAGUAUAAAUUUGUUGCUAUCGCGGAUGAAUGGUUUUUCGACAUCAACUAUCUUAUUCCACCAACGUUGCUGUUCAUCCUGGAAACUGUCUCAUUUGUCCUCUUUUUCACUGUCAAUCCGUUAUCAUCAAUUAGUGACAAAGUGGAAGGAAUUGUACUAGUGUUGGUUUGUCAUACUUUUGGAAUAUUUUUAUCUGGAUAUUUGGCUUAUCAUUCCCAGACCUUAUAUUUCACACCGGCAGCUUUACUUGGUUUACCGCUCUUGGUUAUACAAAAUCGAUCGUGUACCGGCAUCUGGGAAACACCGCUAGGGAUUGUGUGUCAUUUCUUUCUGACGUGUGGAGCAAUUUUGAUGACGUCAUACCAUGGAAACGACAAUGGACAAGGAUAUAUUGCAUUAGCUAUCACAUUUUAUUUUAAUCUAAAGAAUAUAAUGCUUAAACAAAUGGCUACCGGAAGUAAUUGUCUCGUUUUGCGCAUGCGUGUAGUAUGUACUUAUGUUUCGAUACUAAUGUUAUUGAUAUUUAUCGUUGGACUUCUUGGUGUCCCUAACGUGACGUCAUUGAUUAUCGCUGGACUCUUCUCCUCAGCUGCGUCGGUUGUGACUCUGUAUAUUCUAUUAGAAAUGGUCCUCAAUAAACAUUCUGUUUAUUUUGUAUCAAUAUUACAUCUGUGGAGUCGGAUUCUACUGGACAUGAUAUAUGUUUCUCAAUCAUCGUAUGUGUCGAUUAUCACAGGAAGUGUUGUAGUUUCUAUAGCAACUGUUGUGUAUGUAGUUUAUAACUCAGGUGAAAAAGAGAACAGAUCAUCAGUGAUCCUAAAGGAUUGUUCAAAAGUGCCCCAAAAUGAAGUUUAUACUCGGAUGGAGUUCCUCGUCUACGUUGGGUGUGUGAUUGGACUGCUCAUUUGUGUAUUCCAACCGAGUCUGAGCGAUAGAGACCGACACAAUCUACAAAUUAUCGGAAUGUACAGUACUAAGACAGCAGAUUAA